AUGCAGGAGCCUCUUGUCUUCUCGCCCUCGUGUGUGCAGCUCCUUUCUCAGUGGGGCCUCUCCUCUUUGGACGCCAAAGGCAUAAAACGGCCGGACUUCGGGGGGAAGGCGAGGAGCAUCUGGUUCCGCGACCUUCGAGCCUUCAGUGGCAGGUUGCUGCGGCGGGAGCGCUGGGAUUGUGUUUGUAUACGACCAAAGGACUUCUGCGAGCUGGUCACAGAAUGCGUUGAUGUGUCGUGGGGAGCAGCCAUCGUGGGUGAGAAUGGUGUGAAGGAAGCAGGUGGAGUAGCAGGGGAGGGGGAUGAGUGGGUGACGGACAAGCAAUGGAGUGGCGCCGUUGAGGACGAGAGCUCCGCCUUCCGCUUCUACGACGACGCGAUCCACAUGUACGGAGGCAAGCAGAGCUGCGCGAUCGUCUUCCGGCUCCCGAGCAACAUCAUCAACUGGAGUAUCAUCAGGCCGACGGAGAUGGAAGGAAGGAACGCGUUGAGCGAGUGGAGGAGCAUGAUCACAAGCUGGCAGCUGAACGAGGACGGGAGCGUCGAGAUCCCUGCGAGCGAGGUGAUGCUCCUCCGCGAGUCCUUCGACCUCUUCGACACGGACAAGAGCGGUGCACUUGACAUGCAAGAGGUCAAGGUUGCCAUCGAGCAGUGCGGACUUGCCGUGUCGGACGAGGACCUGCAGGGGAUCAUCGCAGAGGCAAGAGGAGGGAGAGGUAAGGGCUUCCUCUUACAGGCCAUGCAGAUCGACAAGGACGGGAGUGGAGAGUUCGAAUUCGUGGAGUUCGUCGAGCUUGUGAAGACGCUGGUGUUGAGGAUCCGAGAGGCGGAGGAUGCGGAGGAAACGGCCGUCAAGCUGCGGUCGGAGAUCGACGGCAUCAAGCUCGAGCUGAAGGCUCGACAAGAAGAGCUGAAGCUGGCGGAGGCGAAAGUCUUCGAGCUGAGGAAGGCCGGGGCCCAGGGACCUCUCGACAUUGAGAAACGAGCUGAGGCAAUUCCGCUGGAGCUGGACGGGUUGAAGGAUGACCUAAGCAAGGCAGUGAAGAAGCUCGAACGAGCCGAGGCCGUGGGGAAGAAGAAGCAGGGGGAGGACGAGCUAGAAUGGGAGGUCAACGCGACAGACCGGCCACAGCGGAAGGUGGUGGAGGACAGAGCCGUCCUGCCCUCGUGGGUGCUGGGGCGCAUGGUGCUUGUGGGGGACGCGGCGCAUCCUCUCGUGCCCGGGACGCUCAUGGGCGGGCAGGAGCUCGUGGAGGACGCGCGUCUCCUUCUCGAGUGCCUUAGCUCCCACAGCAUUCCAGCUGAGAUUCCCAACGCGCUCGUCGACUUCUCAAGGAAGCGAGUCCCCUCUGCCGCCUACUCUCACUCCCUCGCUCGGCGUCGCUUGCAGCUGCUCUGCACGCCGGUGGAGUGA